GCAAGUGUGUUGGAAAAUAACCGCGUCUGCGCUGGGCACUCGGUAACCACACAGUUCUGAAUAGUUCGAUCUCUUCGAGGGUUGAUAAUAUUUAAAAACAAAUUAGUUAUUAAACUAUGGCCAUGGAUUUCCCACAUUGACGUCUAUUUUAAUUUGAGAAUAACAUGAUUGAUCAAUCAUUAAUUAAUGCAAAAUCAAAAUUUAAUUUGUUUUUGUCAAGGAUAGUGGGUGAUCUCUGAAGUCUAAGUUUUGCUGUGAUCGGGAUUAAACUUGUGUAUUUUUGGUUGCCACUGUUAAGCUAUGCAUGUAGGCCUAUCAAUAAAUCAACUUUCAAUGGAAUGUAAGUAGGCUUAUAUAAAUAUAAGUUAUAUUAAAAUUCCCUUUAGGUUAGUGAUAGUUUAUGUAUUUAUGUGGACGAGUAUUUCACCUUGAUUUUUAAAAAUACUCGUUGCAUUAAUUUAUAUCUCUAUUGCCUUGGAAUUUUUAAAAUAUGCCUAUAAUAUUUAUAAUGAAUUAUCUUUCCUGAAUAUAAAAUCAUUAACAAUAUCGUCAAUAUAGCCUACUAUUACAAUUUCAAUAUUGAUAUCAUAAAAUGUAUGUUAAAGUUAGUCUACUGGUGGCCUACUGACUAGGCCUACUGAUCUUUAAAAAAAAUUGUUCAAAUUUAUAUGUAGGAUCUCAAAUCUACACUGGGACUUUAAACAAUACAAGAUAUAGUAAUUUUAAUUAUAUUUAUGAUUAGGCCUAUAGGAGAAUACUCUUUAAAAUUGUAUAUUGUACAUUCACUAUUUAUUUGAAUACAUUUUGGGCAGUAGGCUACUUAGUUAUUAUUAUAAUGACUCACUUUUAUGCUAUUAAUUAAAUUAUGAUGAAGGCUGAGUAACCUGGGAAAUUUUCAGAAGCAAGGAAAGAUCAAUAAUCAUUACCAGGUAUAUAAAAUAAAUAUUGUACCUAAAUCUUUAUUACAGGAAUUGGAAUUGUAGUGCUGACAAUAUAAAUUGUCAAAAAAAUAAUAGGUUAGCAGAGGAAAUAUUACAGAAAACUAGCAGGAUGACUGAAUGCCUCAACAAAAAGAAUUUAAAAGAGGUAGGCACUUAGAAUGUGGUUAUAGAAAAGUAUUGCAGAGGUUGAGUUGCUAAAUAGAUAAAGUUAGGCCUAAUUCUAUUUCCACAUAAUAUCAUUUUAAACUUUAAACUGGGACACCUCCCCUGUAAAAGGGGAAAGAAGAAGAACUGAAACUUUAAAAAAAAAAAAAGUGACUGUGAAAUGUAAAUCUAAUGUAAAAUAUCAAAAAAAUAAACCCAUAAUUAAUAAAGUUCUUAAACUUAAAAGUAGGCACUUAGAAUGUGGUUAUAGAAAAGUAUUGCAGAGGUUGAGUUGCUAAAUAGAUAAAGUUAGGCCUAAUUCUAUUUCCACAUAAUAUCAUUUUAAAAUUUAAACUGGGACACCUCCCCUGUAAAAGGGGAAAGAAGAAGAACUGAAACUUUAAAAAAAAAAAAAGUGACUGUGAAAUGUAAAUCUAAUGUAUAAUAUCUAAUAAAUAAACCCAUGAUUAAUAAAGUUCUUAAACUUAAACUAGCAAUUGAUAGACUCACUGAAUCUACAUAGGUAAGAUACUGUCAACUCUUACAUUAUUUACAUGUUCCUACCUUGCAUGGGUUUAAUAUACAUUAGGCCUACAUUUAUUCGUUUAUUAUGUAUUUGAUGCAUAUCAGUAGGCAUAGUCAUGUGUAAUUCAAGUAAUUUCCCAUCUAAAAAAUUCCUGGAUCAGGUGACUUUCAGAAUGGGUUAAGUUAUGGAUAGGCCUAUGCAUAAACAAAAUUGAAUUUUCCAAUGUUAUCAGUAGGAAGUGCCCUACCCCCCCCCCCACUCAAAUCAUCACAAAUUUGUAACAAAAUAUAGUUAUUUAGCACAAAUCCCCUCCCCUAGAUGCCUUGACAUUAUUUAUGAAUGUCCCCUAAGCUAGAUGGGAAAACUUAUUGUUUAGCUAUUUAUCGACUGCAUGUUGCAACAUAUAUAAUAAAUAAGUGUGGUAUCGUAUGCUUGACAACACUGGACAACUAUCAAGUGUGCCCAUGUGUAAGACUAAGCCCUGCUUAUUGAAAUAUGGACAUAUUUUCAUAAUUUUAAUUUAUAUCUGAUGAGACACGCUGGCAUUUUAUUGAAAUGUGAGUAACAAAUCUUUUUUACAGAGUUAGAAUUACAAUGGAAACUAUACUUCCCAGAUGUCCCAUCAUAAACACUGCACGGCUGAAACCUUUCAGGCAAAGAUUGAAUAGAAUCAUUGUGAGUAAAAUUUAAUCUCUGUUAAAAAACAUAGCUUUUAUAGCUUACAUUAAAAUUUAUGGUCAAAUUAUCAAGUAACCAUUGUUCGGAACUAGGUAGCCAUUAUAAUUUCAUAUUUGAUUUCUGACUGACAAUAUAAAUGAUAUACCUCACCAGUUAAACAGGCAAGCUUUAUGGCUAUAGUUGGGUGUAAAUAACUUACACUUAUGUAAGUAACAAGUAAACACAUUAUUCCAUACUUUAUUAUGGGUUGCAGAAUCAGGUUUGGAGUGCUAGACACAACUUCUGCUAGACACAAGUGCAAGACAUCUAUAAUUUUUAUACAAUUACAUUCAUAUUGCAUUGCAUAUGAAGUUUUUUUGAUGCACCACAUUUUGAUAAACCAGAUUUUUUUUCUCCACUUAUUCUGGUCACUUAAAGUCAGUCAAGACCAUGUCGGGGAACACUUUAUAAUAUGACUUGAUAAAAUGACUUUUCAAACUAAAUCUUCUUAUACCCGGUAGCAAAAAUAUUCUCCAAACUUAACAAAUUUUUCCCUAAGUACUAUUUAUACUAGUAUCUCUCAUUUGCUCAAUGAAUGUUUAGUUUUUUCAAUGCUAAAAUACCUACUUCUUAGGAACUUUGGAUAACUUUUACAGUGUAUAUGCAUGUCUCUAACCAAUUAAAUGUCCUCUUAUACUCAUCAGAUGACGAUCACAGACAGUGGCUGUGUAUCUAUGGAAGUAAUGACCCAUCUGACAGCUCAGACAGACAGUCCUGAAAUUGCUAAAGAAUUGUUUCAUAUUUCUCCAGAUGGUACUCAGGUCAGUGGGUCCAUAUGUCAGGUGUGCUUCUUUCACCUUCAGAUGACAGAGUUGGAUUUUAAACUUUUUUGGGGGAAUGGAUUUAAUACAUCAUUGCAUUUCUUUUUAUGACAAGUUUUGAGUUUCUAAGUUACAAGCUUAAUAGACAGGCUCAUGAUAACUGUCAUAUAUGAAAAGCAAUAGCUUUGUCCCAUAUCUUUGAAAAACACUUCUUGGAUUUAACUAUUUUUUAAAAUUUCUUUUCAAUGCAAACAUCAAGCACACAACAUCCUCUGAGUUCUUAGUUAGCAUUUUAAAAGGAAGACAGGGGCAAAAAUAAAUUAUUCUUUAAAAAAAUUUUUGAUUUUGUUUUUGUCAAUAGAUUGAAGUUUAUCAAAGUGCAGAAGGCGUUUCAGCUAUUGAUGGAUGCCCUGUGUCAUGUCAACCCUAUAAGGUUUACACAUACCCAAAUCUGCCAGACAAACAAUGGAGAAAAUAUCAUCAUUGCUACAAGUAAUUUUCUUCCUUCAAACUGCAGUAGAGUUUCAAUAUAGUGUAGUCUGUUUUCUAUUAGGAUGCUAAAAAGAGUAAUUCUUCAACAUGCAUUUUUCAGGUUGGAUCAUUAAAUCAGUUUAAAACUUUUCAAAGAAACAAUUGGUCUUAAACCUGUUUUCAUGCAUAAAGAAUUAAAAUGUAAAAUUCAUUAGAAAAAAAGAAACUGAAAGAUUGUUUGAAGGUGUUAAAAAUGUAUGCACUAACUAUCAGACAGGUUAUCAACAUCUACAUUACUUAAACCAUGUUCCUGUACUCUACAUGGGAGAGUAAAAGUUACAUUUGUUUUAUUAAGAAUUUUUGCUUUUAAAUCCCUAUUUCCUAGAUUUAUACAAGUAGUCAAGUCCAGAACUCCAAAAAUAGUUUUAAUUACUGAGCAUGCCCGGUGCAAAUUGAUGGAAAAUUUUCCACAUCCUGAUUUUCAGGCUUGUUUUACAGAUGGUGAGAACAUUUAUUUUAAAGGUUGAUAGCAAUUUCCCUUUUUUUAAUUAAAUAAAUACUCUUGUAUGACAUAUCGUUCACAAUAAUAAAUCUGCUAUCAAAUCCUGCAAUUUAUAGAUUGCCAAAGAAUCUCUAUGAGUUUUAAUUAUUUCAUCUCUACAAUGAUUACAAAAUAUUUUUUUAAUACAGUAUAUGAGUUAUUGUAAAGGUCUAAAAGUAUUGAAAGUUUGUCUUUUUUAAAACCUUUUUGAAUCUAGGAGUAACAGUCCAUCUGACUGAAACUAAGAUAACAGUAACUGAUGCACUUGGCAGCAGCCUUUCAUUUGAUUCCACUUCAGUGAACUGUCAUGUCAAUGCCAGCACGAUGGAAAGAGUAGAAUUUGCUAAAAAGGUAAAUGAACUAGGAAAUCCUUGCUUAGUUUCACUUACAUUGAUUUCAUGAUGAGCUGAUGGGUUAUUUCUUGGGGCAAAAUAGAUGGUAUGAAAUUAGAUCAUUUAUAAUAUUUCUAAAUUGAUACAUUAUUUUAAUGGGUUUUUAUUUAAUUUUUGUAAUUUCCUUGCAUUAGGGAUCAUUAUUUUGAAUGGGUUUUGAAAAAGUGUCUGGUUAAAUAAAAUCUAGUUGCUCUCCGGUUACCAGGUAUAUAAAAUCUAGUUGUUCUCUCAUUAUGUAAAAAUAUAGUUGUUCUCCAGUUAUAACUUAUAUAAAAUCUAGUUGCUCUCUCGUUAUAUAAAAUCUAGUUGUUGCUUAUAUUUUUUUUAUUAAACAUUAUUUUAAAAAAAAAAUCAAUUUUUUUUCUCAGUGCAAAGUUCAAUGUCUUGAGAUUCAGGAUUCAGUGAGCAGACUGAAGUCCCAUGAACAGAAUUCAGACCUUUUUCCCAUUGUUGUGGGCACGUAAGUUCAUUGUUUUGUUUUAAUCAUUAAAUCACAAAUGCAUCUAUAAACUGUUCGCGUUUUCUUAUAAGUUAUAAUUAAAUUUACAUUUUGGAAACUUGAUCCAUAAAUCUUACAUUGUAAUCAGUCAUUAUGAUUCUUAACAUAAAUUUCUUCAUAAUUGAAUUUAAGAUAAAAUGUGUUUAAGGAAGCAAAUUGAACUUUUUUAAUGUGAUAUUAUUGUACUGUUAUAUUUUCAGCAUCAGUCAUAAUAAACAAAGAAAAUGAAAACACUUUGACUGACUAUUAUCAUUUUUUAAAGUAAGACUAACUUAACAUAAGUUUUAAACAUUCACAUUACCCAUCCAGUUUCAUCAUACCAGCCUUCCUAGUAAAAAUGCCCUAGACAUUGUUUGAUUUCUUUUUGAAGGAGCAGUUCCCCAUUCAAGCUGUCAGCACCAAUGUAUAACAAUGAAAAUGCGGUAAACCAAAACGGCAGUCGACCCUCACUUGAGCCUCCAGUAACCAAUCUACCUCCAUUCACCCAACAGUCACUUCCCUUGACACACUCAUUGACAGAUUCUAAACCCCUUAACUCAAAGAAUUACCUGUCACAAAGUAACUCCUUUUCACAAGAAAACUGUGUAGACUGUCAUUUUAAUGUAGAGAACCAAGCCCCAAAACAAGGAGGAAACCAAUAUUUGUCUUAUGAAAUUCAAAGUCGACAAUGUCAUGAAAGUGACAGCAUUUCAUUUUCAGCAUUAGAUUUUAAGGACAUUCAGCAGGUCAAAGACAGUAGAUGUGAUUGUAUGAUACAGGGAUUGUCAGAAUCAGUGACACCUCAAACUCCCCAGAAAUCACAAGAUUUUGUUUUUUCCACUGAAAACAAAUGUUUCUGCCAAAAUACAACUACAACAGCUCAUUCACUUGAGAGGUGUCCUCAAACUUUUGGCAUGUCAUCACAGGAAGACACUCUGUUAAAUUUACCUCCAUUUUUUAAUGCAUCAUGCAGUAUCUCGCAGUCGAGUGGAAAUCAUCAAGUUGAGUCUUAUCAAAUUCUUGGAGGGAAUCAUCCAGCAGACUGUCAUGUUGAUGGUCAGGUGCAAACUCCAGGUGCACCCGGAAGCACCCACGGCCAUACAGCAUGUAUGAAUCAGCAGGAGCACAUCUAUCAGACACCAAAGAAAUCUUCAAAUGUCAUGCCUUAUCAUCCUCAGUGCUACAGCGUGGACUCCAUGAAGCAUCGGCACUAUCUUAAAGAUGAGAACAGAUACAGUUUGACUCUAGGGGCCCUGGUAGAUGAAACAGAGCUAAGAAAUGUCAGGAAGAACCUGUUCUCAGACCUGACUUUAGAGGAGCCAUUGGUCAAGCCAAUGCCCUUUUCAGACCCGGAAUCCCUCAGGAAGGACCUGCUGUCUUUGCAACGAACACCUUCACUUGAGCUGUCAUUUUGUAAUGAGACUGAUGUGCCACAGUCCACCGACAACAAUCUUGGACAAGCAUCACGCCUGGAUGUCUUGACCCUCUUGCAACACUCUCAAAAUAUGCCAUCAUGUUCAACAUCUGCCCAAGUUGCACAAGUUGUACAUGCAACUCAUUCCAAUGAAGAAUCUGAUUUCAACUUUGAGCAAACAUUAAGCUAUGUAAAAGAAAGCUGUAAUAACUUACAGACAUAUAGGGACCAUAAAAAUGUCAAAGAUAAUAAUCCUCUUAUGGAUGAAAAUAAGGUUAGGCAGAGUGCUGCAGUCAUCGCAGGGAAAGAAUCAGCCAUUGAGAAACAAGCUCUUCCCAUACCUAAUAUCUGUUCAUCGCCAGUUAAGAGUGUUUCUCUUCAAAAAAGGUCUUGUCCAUCUCCACUCAAUUCGCCUUUGAAGAUGGGUGGUGCUACAGGUUCACAAAAUUGCUCUGCUGGAAUAAUGACUGGCCACUUGACAUGUAAUAUGCCUUUGGAAAUGUCUCUUUGUCAGAGCUGUAGUGCAAACAGUAACAAUAGUCCUCUUAGUUCUGCUAGUUGGAAUGGCAGUUGUCAAAGUAUACAAUCUCAUGAACACUCUUAUAAAUCUGACCCUAGAAACUAUGAGAAGACAAACCUUGGAGUCAAUUAUCUACAGUCCCCUCAUAAAGAGGUUAUAAUGUUUGCAUCAAAUGAAAUGGAUCGUAAUGCGUUCAGGAUAAAUCGCCAUCCUCAUCUAAGAAAUUCUUUGGACAUGUCAGCCUCAAGCUACUACAGUGACAGUCAUAGCAGUUCUCCAUCAUCAGGAUGUGACCCUAUUCGCCAGGUAUUUGUCCCCUAUUCAGGCUGGGCAUCUUUCUAUGCCAGUGGGUCUGUUUGGAUUUUAUACAAUGAUGGAACUCAGCUGGGUGUCAAAUCUACAGAGGCUACAAUUAUUUAUGUUGAUCAAGAUGGCACUCAGAAAAGGUGAGCCAGUUUUGUUCCCAAUAAGUUUGUUUCAUUAAUAUGUUUACUCAUUUACUAAUUGAGCAUAGCAUCUGUUUAAAGAAAAAUGCAAUACCUGGUAAUCAAUUUGUUCCAGGGAUAUUUGAGUUAUAUGUCUGAAACCAUCAGUCACCUUUGUGUAGCUAAAUCCCUUAUCAAAUUAUGCUAAUUUAAAAUUGAUUAAUUAAAUUAUGUGGCUUAUCCAGAAUCUGGAUUUUUUUUUUUUGGUGUGCUUUUCAUUUUAAAAGUUUGGGAAUCACUGAUUGAGAGUGUUAUAAUUGUGUCCCAUAAUGUCUAAGAUAAUUAAACAAAGUCAUCAUUUAUUUUAUAAUGAUGAAAUGUCAUUAGUUUCAUAUUUAUAUUCUAAACAGGUACAGAAACUCAGAUGUUAUACCUGAGAUAAUCAAAAUGAAGUUGGAGAAGCUCCCUAAGAUUAUUGAGAUGCUUGUGAAGAGUCCCCCAAUAACCACUGGUACUGGCAUGCAGUCGUAAUAGUUGCCUGGUACUUGGAUUGUUUGUACUACUGGUUUUUCUGUGGUACCAUAACAAGCUGAUAUUGAUACAUUGGAUUGUUAAUGGUGGUUAUCAGAUCAUAAUUUGUGAUAGGGACAUUAUUAUUGGACAUCCAUAUUCGACUGGUGUUUGUGAAAAUAACAUUAUUGUUGGACAUCUGUAAUGGACUGGUCACUUACUAAUAGUCCCCUUUCUUAGGAAUUUGUGAUGUAGUAAAGCCUCUAUGAACCUAAGUCUUCCUAUUCACUCUCCCUUAUUUCAGGUCCAAAUAUUCAAAUCCACAAUUAAAAUAUCCUUGACCUCAGUCAAAUAACUCACAUUUUACAAAUUAUUUUAAGUCCUAGAUCACCG